CCAGCGCUUUUAACCUGCUCAUAAAACACAACAUGGCACCUGCUGGCCGGGGUGCUGUUGUGGUUGCGCUUUCAUUACAAUGUUUGUGCCAAGCGAUUUUUUCCACCGAGCACUUUUCUACUCUUACGUUCUUCAACAGUGAGCUGCACAAGCAUGGCUGUAACUCUCCCUCCGAGUGGGAAGAAUAUGCCGGAGAUUGUGAGUCAUCCGCGCUCCAGCUUGAAGAUCCAGACUGUGAGGAAGCCGGCAGUGCUGCUUGUGAAUCAGUCUUUUCGCUGAAUGCAGAGAAGAUUCUGAGCCAAGCAAAGCUGUUCAUUGAGCAGAAGCGAUUCCCAUUCGCUGUUGAGAACCCAAACAUAAAUGAGGAGUUAGCAAUAGGUUACGUGCUUAUUGGAAAUGGCCUAUAUGAUGAAGCCGUCAAACACUUCUCCUUGCUAUUGCAGGGGGAUCCAGAGCUGGUCAGUGCCAUCUAUGGUCGGGGGAUAGCUUACGGAAAGAAAAGUUUACAGGAUAUUAAGAAUGCAGACCUGGCGCUGUAUGAGCUAGGCCGCGUCAUCACCCUGGAGCCGAGCCAACCGGAGGUCUAUGAGCAGCGGGCAGAGAUACUUUCCCCGCUGGGACGGAUCAGCGAGGCCCUGAGCGACCUCUCCAAAGCCAUCCAGCUGGAGCCCUCGGCCCGCCUCUACAGGCACAGGGGGACUCUGUUAUUCGUGUCUGAGGACUACACUGCUGCUCUGGAGGACUUUCAGCAGUCAUUGGACCUGAAAAAAAAUCAGCCUAUUGCAAUGUUGUAUAAGGGCUUAACUUUCUUCCACAGAGGAAUGCUUAAGGAGGCCAUAGAGACGUUUAAGGAAGCUCUUGUGUUAAAAUCAGACUUCAUAGAUGCAUACAAAAGCCUUGGACAGGCUUACAGGGAGCUGGGCGACUUUGAAGCAGCCAUGGAGAGCUUCCGGAAGGCCCUGCUGCUGAACCAGAACCACAUUCAGUCUUUGCAGCUCCGGGGCAUGAUGCUCUACCAUCACGGCAGCAUCCAGGAGGCCAUCGGCAACUUCAAGAGAUGUCUACAGCUGGAGCCCUACAACGAGGUCUGCCAGUACAUGAAGGGCCUGAGUCACGUGGCGAUGGGCCAGUUCUACGAAGGCAUUAAAGCGCAGACCAAAGUGAUGCUGAAUGACCCUCUGCCAGGCCAGAAGACCAGCUCCGAGUAUCUCAAAGUGAAGUACCUCCGAGAAUAUUCUCGCUAUAUGCACUCCCAUCUCGAUAUGCCUGUGGCGGAGUACAACGUCGAUCAAGAUCUUCCAGGAAACUUUAAGAACCACUGGGCUAAAAACCUUCCUUUCCUUAUAGAAGAAUAUGAGGAACAGCCUGGGUUGCAGCCACACAUAAAGGAUGUUCUACCUCAGAACUUCGAAAGCUAUAAUGCAGAAGUGCAGAAGCUUAUUUGCACUGCCGAUCAUCUCGGUGCCCUUAUGCAAUACAACACGCCGGGGUUUCUCCCAAACCUGCGGCUACACAGAGCCAUGGGCCUGGCGACCAUAGAGGUCAUGCAGGCCAUGCAGCGAACCUGGAGCAACUCCAAGGUGCGAGUCAACGGCAAAACCCGGCCGAUGCAGUGGAGGGACAUGUUCGACAUCGCGGUGAAAUGGAGGAGAAUCGCCGAUCCGGACCAGCCCGUGCUCUGGUUGGACCAGAUGCCAGCCAGAAGCCUCAGUAGAGGCUUCAAUAACCACAUUAACCUCAUCAGAGGCCAGAUCAUCAACAUCCGAUACUUGGAUUAUUUUGAUAAUAUACUCCGCUUCAUCAAAGACCGGAUUCUAGUUUACCAUGGAGCAUAUAACCCGCGAGGAAUAAUUGAAGUUAGACAAGCUUUGGAAAAUGUCAACAAGGUAGAAGACCUUCUUCCAAUAAUGAAGCAGUUUAAUAGUAAAACCCGGGACGGUUUCACUGUCAACUCCAAGGUUCCCAGUUUAAAGGAUCCUGGGAAAGAGUACGAUGGCUUCACCAUCACCAUUACGGGCGACAGGGUGGGAAACAUGCUGUUCUCCAUAGAUUCCCAGACCACUGAGGACCGCACGCAGCAGUACCAGUCCGAGAUCGAGUUACUCUAUAAGGACCUUACCAAUAAGGGCAAAGCCCUUAUGCUGUCCUCGGAGCCUGGGGAUGCAGAUGCUGUCUGUAAUUUGAUCCUCUCCCUGGUUUACUACUUCUGUAACCUAAUGCCCCUAUCGAGAGGGUCCAGUGUUGUAGCGUACUCUGUCGUCAUGGGAGCGCUGAUGGCCAGCGGGAAGGAAGUAAUUGGAAAAAUUCCGAAAGGAAAGCUCUUAGAUUUUGAGGCCUUGACAAUAUCCAGCCCCGACAACUUCACUAAAACAGCUAAGAACUGGAUGAAUCUGAAGAGCCUUCCAGUUUGGUACCACAGUCUUCCAUCGGUUGCAGAAGCAUUUCCUACAACCAGAACCAUGAUUGAGGUUUUAAACACCGACUCCACAUCGCACUGCCCAAAGAAGUCCUAACCCUAACCCUCUUAGUGUGGACAUCAGGACAUGACCUCUUUACUCGCCUUCUCUGGUUUUAGUCACAAUCAGAUCCAGUCGUCUAAAAGCACAAAUAGAUGUUCUCCUCAGAUUUCAGGGUACUUCUUUUUUUAAUAUAUCUCCGUACUCGUUCUGUGCGAUAAUCCUAGGGCGGGUACCACGGAACACGUUCCGUUCAUCGUGGUUCAUAUUCCCCCGGAUCGAGAAUAAGCUUCAGUUUCAGCUCGUUUUAUUUACAAGUCACUUUCCAGACCACAGGAAGACGCCCUCGAUCUUCUUUAAUUCCAUGAAUCUGUAAGGGUUCCUGCGGACACAGGAAGCCAAGAAAUCUCAGCAUUACAUGUUUUCAUUACACCUACAUUUGUAUUUCAAUUAGGUCAAGGGUAAUGGUUUAAGGGUUAGGGACAAUUUCAGCAUGGAUUCUCCAUUACGUUCCUGUAGCUGCAGUUGACUGUUAUAGACUAAGCAUUAAGGAAAUCAUUCAGAACAUUUAAAAUUUGAAGCAGGUUACACCUUUUUAUUUAAAAUGCUAUGUAGCAGGUUAGAUUAUACAAAAAUAUAAGCAGAUAAAAGUAACUCUGGGGUUUUAAACAUGUCUUUCAGGGUUUGGUUAUUCCAAGUGAAAUAAUGGAAUAAGUGCAAAAAAACAAGCAAUCCUUUCUUUGGCUCUUUCUGUUAUUGGGGAGAAGUUGGGGGGGUCAUUUUCAUGCUGGUAUUUUCCGUGUCGAUAGUGGUACGCUUGCCCAGCGAGUUUUUCUGCGCUCGCUCUGCUAUAAAUUCGACCACUUUAAUCAUUGACAGCACCGUGGAACGGAAGCGCUCAGAUGCAGCCUAAUCCCUGUGGUUCUGAAGGCCUCUUUAAAAAAAAAUUGUCUAUUUCUGUGGCACAGGGGGUGUAAAUCCCUGAGAUUACGUAACGGCUUACAGCUACUGUCUUAAGUCACACACAUGAAUGGAGUAGUUGCCUCUUAUUAAGAAUGAAAAUGGAAAUGUGCAUUGAUUUGCCUUCCCAAUGAUAAAAGAUGCACAUUUUUGCUAAAAAGGAGCCGUUUUAGCCCUUAGCGUGCCCGUUUCGAACCAUGAGGCUGUAUUGGCAGAGAGUCUGUUAUUGCACUGUAUACCAGGUUAAAAUGCAAAGUUGAAAAUGAUUUUAUUUAUAAAAGAGGGCAGUGUCAUUUUAUUAUUUUUUUUCCCCAUCAGAAACUCAUAGGUUUAGAGAACAUUCUGUUGGGGUUUCUGUGAGAAGUGGGUACCUGGUGAUAAAUAAAGUUGGUUGACAAUUAA